UCUCUCUUUCUUCUCUCUCUCUCUCUCACACAUUUCUCAUAGCUCUCUCUCUAUCUCUCUCUUCUUUCUCUCUCUGUUUCUCAGAGUACUCUGUUUUCCUAAAACUUUGAGUCUCCGAUGAAGAAGAAGAUAAUAGUCCAUAAGAGAAACAUUUGAAAGGUUCCAGAAAUAGCAAAGUGCAUGUUCGGAUUAACCAGUUGAGAGAGAAAGGCAUUUACGCGUCCCAGAUUCGAAACAUUUAUUCGCUUUCCUUUCCCAGUAAAAGCCUUGGUCACUGGCCCUCUCUUUUCCUUUUUAGCUUUGAAACUUUCCCAGAAAUUUCCCCUUUUCUUCUUGCUCUCUCCGACUCUCUCCCCCAUUGCCCUUGUCUACUCCUCUCUCUGCUUGGGGCCGGGGGACUCUCUGUUCCCACAUUUUUCUCUUUCUCACACACUGUCACGCUCACACUCUUUUUCUCGGCUCCUUUAUUUGUGCAACUUUCGUUGAAAUUUCUCGUCCUUUAAUAAAAACCCUUUUGGAAGGACUAUUAAAAUCCAUUAAUGGUUGAUUUCUCUCCGUUUUAAGCUUCUCUUUUACACCCCCCCCUCUCUUUAUUCUCUCAAAGGAAUAUCAAACUCCACUUUUUUUCCCUUCCCUAUUUCACUCCAACCCCACUCUCUCACUCGCUCCCUCACUCACUCACUCACCCACUUGCCUUUCAAUGCUCUGAGCCAAUUAAUUCCUCUGAAACAUGAACCACCACACCCUUAAUCUUAUACCUCCCGUCAAAUACACAGAGCACCAUAACAUUACCAAGCUUCUCAAAUCCGCUCAUCAAAACCUCCCAGACGCCAUGAAACCCAGAGUUGUACGGAUAUCAGUGACCGACGGUGAUGCCACCGACUCGUCCAGCGACGAAGAAGAACUGGCGUGCUUUGCGCGUCAGAGGGUCAAGAAAUUCGUCAACGAGAUCACCAUCGAGUCGUGCCCCAGAGAAAAUGAUGAAGGUUCCAGGAGGAGCACUGUGAGAAAGAAGAAGAGUAGUUCUCGAGUUCCGGCGAGUCGCCGGGCGAUGAAGGUUUCUCCGGCGGCGAGGAAGUUCCGAGGAGUCCGGCAAAGGCCCUGGGGCAAAUGGGCGGCGGAGAUCAGAGACCCUCUGCGACGUGUACGGCUCUGGUUGGGCACAUACGACACGGCCGAAGAGGCUGCCAUGGUCUACGACAACGCGGCCAUUCAGCUGCGUGGUCCCGACGCGCUCACCAACUUUGCCACCCCGACGCCGGCAAAAGUCGUCUCCGGCUACAACUCCGGCGACGAGUCUCACAGCAACCACAACCUCUGCUCUCCCACCUCUGUGCUUCGGUGUCCCUCGCUUUCCAACGAAGAGGCCGAGUCAAAGAGCCCGGAAAGUACCAGAGGAGUCGCCGAAAUCGGAGACACAAGAGACGAGUCCUGCGUGUCCGAGAACUUUUCGGACUUUUCGGAGUACUCGGCCCUCGACUCUUUCAUACCCAACGACAUAUUCGACUUCCCAAGUUCGGUACCGGAUCUAUUCGACGAGACGAGUCUCAGGAACGGCGUUUUCGGGGAAGACUACUGCGGCGAUAUGUUUCUUAGUUCGUGUGAGAAUUUCGGAUUCGGUUUCUCGAGAUUGCACGUGGAUGACUAUUUCCAAGAUAUCGGCGAUAUAUUCGGGUCAGAUCCUCUUUCGGUCUGAGUAGAAUGAAUCACGAU